UUAUACCUCCAGUAUUUAACUGUGUCUUCAAAAAGGUGUGACGUGGUUAUCCCCUUAAUCUUCAAGACAGCUGUCUGGAUUUAGGUAGUGAUGACCAUAAUCCCGUUUGGCACCUUGAGGGGUGAACACGAAGCAGAGAAACUCGAACGAGUGCUGCAGAGGUUUGAACCCCAAACACAGGAAAGCAAGAGGGCCGAGAGACAAGAGGAAGAAGUUUCACCUUUGUGAAAGUCAGUUUGCAGGAUGGGGAAUACUAAGAGCAGCGCUUUGUCGAAGGAGCUCCUGGAAGAUCUGAAAUCCAACACGAAAUACUCCGAGGCCGAGCUCUGCACCUGGUACCAGUCCUUCCUGAAGGAGUGUCCCAGCGGGAAGAUCAGCAAGGAGCAGUUUGAAGGCAUCUACGCCAGUUUCUUCCCAAACGCGGACCCCACAGAGUACGCACGGCACGUGUUCAGGAGCUUUGACACCAACGCAGAUGGCACUUUGGACUUUAAGGAGUACAUUGUCGCUCUGCAUCUCACGUCCGGGGGAAAGACUCUGCAGAAGCUGGAGUGGGCCUUCGCCCUGUACGACGUGGACGGGAAUGGAACCAUCAGCAAUAAUGAAAUCCUAGAGAUUGUUAGGUCAAUAUUCAACAUGAUUCCUGCUGAUGACCAGAAGAACCUCCCCGAGGAUGAAAACACGCCGGAGAAGAGGGCUGAAAAAAUCUGGGAAUUCUUCGGGAAGAAGGAGAACGAUAAAAUCUCAGAGGGAGAAUUCAUUCAGGGUGUGAUGGACAACAAGGACAUCCUGCGGUUGAUACAAUAUGAUGAGCCUCAGAAAAUUAAAGACAAGCUGAAAGAGAAGAAGCAAUAGUAUAUAUGGGCUUAAAAAGGGGCAGAAAAAGCCCCCCUCAUGUGGUUUAAGACUGUUUACAUUCUAACAUCAUCUGGCUGCUUGUGCACCUUUCUCUGUUUUGUAAUUUAUUCAUUUUUGGACUCAUUUGUUUGCAUUUUUGACAUUUGAUACUAGAAAACAGAAGCUGAACAUCUUGAAAUGGCAAUUUAAGCCCUGAGUUUGAAACUUUGUGAAGUUACACUGUGGAUCUGUAUUGAACAGGUAGUAAACAACAUCAUUAAACUGCCCUACAAAGCCAAAACGCAGUAACUACAUAUUUGGUCAAAUUGACCAAAUAUGGGAUGCAACUUUUUGACAUCUAACCUUACAAUAGAAAUAACAAUAUUAUACAACUGAAUGGAUAUUUUUUGGGAAAACAGCAUGAAAAGGUCAUAAGAACUAGAAAACAGGUAAAAACCAAACUGCAGCGACUGCACUGCAGCUAGUUAAGGCUAGCUACUAAGAUAGCCUUAGCCAAAGUGAAUUCACCCACUUAUUGUGUUUCCUGUGAUUGAAAAGUCUAUUUUUGGCUGCUCUUACAUCUCAGUAAUUGAGUUUGUUACACCACAUAAAUUAGACAACAGCUCGAUCAUUAAAUUAUAAUGGAGAGUAAAGUAGCUAGUCCUGCUAAACGCUAACUAGCCUAGCUAACAGAGUAGCAGUAAAUGUGAUCUGUGGAGCCUCUGACUCUGGUGGAAUUCAGGUGUUUCACAGAUAAAUCACAUAUUUUUGUACUGAAUUACAGUUCAUUAGUUUAAGUGGAGUGCUGAAGAAGAAACAAGAACAUAUUUUGUUUGUUUGCUUUCCUGCAGCCUUUAGAUUGUCCAAACAUAGAGUGUAGCAUCUAAAUGUUUUUUAGGUUUUAUGUAAGGUCUGUGACAAUGUUUACUAAUCUGCAAAAAAGGCAUAAAGUUAAGUUUUUACAGCUUCAGCCUUCAAACUUCAAACCCCUUUUUCUCUCUUCUUAACUUCACUAGCUAGGUUUCCAUCCAAAUGUAACGCAAACUAACAGAAUAUCCAGAAAAAUCCUUAAAUGAGCGCCAGUCAAACCUCAAACGGUGAAAAACAAUGUAGAAAACGUGAUGGAAAUAUAGCAUUUAUGUUAGAUUCGUGUAUUAAUUUGAGGAACGUUACAGUCUCCUCAUCGCUCCACACAGAGCUGAUGUUUUCGUCUCUUCAGUGGAAGCUUCAGUGACAUUAAAGUCACGUUUCAUGUACGUCAUGAUUUAUCCGCUUUGUCUCAUUUUGCUUUUCUCGACAAACCAAGCGUAAAAACAUUUGUUUGAUUUAUGCACAAAUUGAAAAACAGGUGGAUGGAAACCCAUUUACUGUUUCUGUAUUUACUGCUCUCUGGCUUUGUAAGGCAGUAUAGGCCUCCGUCUCCUGACUUGACGUCCGUACACAUUUGACGGCGCUUUAUCGUGACCCCUCCCUCCUGCCACCCCCUAUGUUUGCAUGGCAGCCUUUCCAGACAGCCAAUUUACUCUCUCAUGUCUGGCAGCGUACCAGCAUGUUUUUUCACACUUGGAUUCAUUAGGUGGAUAGCAAGAAAGUCGGGACAAGAGCUCCUUAUGAAAGGAAUUAGGCUCUGGUUAACAAUCCGCCUGUAUCAGCCAAUCCUAUUAGGAGCUGAAGGUCAGUUGAGACAAACAACCUCCUUACUAGUUAGGAUAAUAUGGGCUUGGCACAGUGAAGGAUACUCUGGAUAGCUUGUAUGCUAACUCUAACUUCAAAUCCAGUCUCACUUUUUAAAAAUCAUUUUUGUUUAAUAAUAAACAUUCUGAGGCACGCCAAGUGAUAAAGCACGCAUCAGUGGGAAAGAUUAGAGGAAAUACUGAGUGUUUUGAGCAUGUACACAACAGUGUGUAUUUAUUGAAAACAUUGGCCUUCUUCCACAUACAUGGAUGGGUAAUCAACGACAAGGAUAGAAGAAAACUACAACUCCUGUGCUUACUUUGAUUACAUAGCUUUUUGUGUAAUUUGUUAGCAGGUUUUUAAAAUCGUUAUUUUAACUUAAAGGUACCCUGUGGAGUUUUCUGGUGCUUUGUGUGUAUCCUUGAGGCCUACGAACGUGUUGAAUGCAUGUCCUAAAAGAUUUGCAAAACCGACUUUUAAGGGACUGUACCGUAAAAUUACUUGGGUGGGGGAGGGGUCAGAAAAGGGGGAGGGUAGGGUCGAGUGUCUUACUAUUUACUUGUCCUUAGUUUAGAUUUUAUUUCAGCCUAACUUUGCAAUGUAGUUAAUAGUUAUAAUUUUCCUCCAGUCCCUAAAGAAUUUUGAAACCUGCAUUGUUUACAUUCAUGUUUGCUAGCUAGCUAGUCUUUCUCUUCCCUGCCUUUUCUUGGCAAAUUGCUACAUUUCAUGGUGUGUGACUGCCUCCGUCUGUCAAUCAGUGGAAUAGCCUGAAAAUGGUGGCAAGAAAGUGUAUUGCAUCACUGGUGCGUGUGCCUGUUAGUCCUUGUGCGUGUGCAUGAGAUACAAACACAUCGGGGACCUGCAUGACAAACUGUUGCUCCAUAGCGCUGCUAGUGGUAAACAAAACUCCACAGGGUACCUUUAAAUAUGUUUUACUUGUUUUUUCUUAUGUAUAAUUAAAAUAAUAUUUUACUUUGCUAUUUUUAAAUCUCAUCUACUAACUAAAGCAGGUUGUGUAGUUGCUCUAAGUCACUCUAAUUCUGCCACUUGUGUAGCCAGUAAGAGGAAAAAACUGCGACAUAGCUAGGCAUUAUUUUGUAAUGUUUAAAGUAUCGCUUGGAAAAGAUGUGUGUACAUGUCAAUUUCCUACCUUUUAUUUUAGUCUGAGUGUAAUUUCACCUCUACUUAAAUAAACCCUCAGAAGUGAAUGUCUUCCUGAGUAGGACAUGUUAGUCCACCAUAAUCACCAAGCAAAGUCGCUACCAAACCACAAAAAGCAAUCAUCUACAUAGCACAAAUGUGAGUGACAUUAAACAGUUAAAAACAUUGUUUGCACCCCAUAAAGUUGAGGUUGUAUUUUACUUUAUGCUUCAUUGUGAUGCUUUCUCUGUGCUUUUAUGUCUGAUUUUAAUUCCGUGUUUUUAUUCAUUCAAGUAGAUCCUUGUAAUAAACUUGUGACGCUGUAUUUUA